UUCAGUCCGCAGCGGCGCCCGUUGUCAAUUAGAUGCCGGGAUCGAAAAAUUCGCGAAGAACCCGUCUCUUUCGCGUCCCUAUCGAAACGGUACCAGUAGCGGGACGUUUCAUUGUUUCUACCCUUCCUCAGGCCCGGUUCCAAGAAUAAAUGGCUGCGUGAUCGAGACCUCCGCCAUGUCACCCAAACAUCACCUGUCAAUUUCCUUUUGCCUCUUCGUUGGCUUGUGUUGCUUCGUAUCGGCUCAGACCAAUUUGCAGUUGCACGAAGACGAAUUUACCUUCGAUCUUCCCGAAGAUCUCGAAGUGGAGUUUGAACAGAAAACAGCCGAAACAAGCGAUUAUGUAGCCGUGGUGGGCAAAGUGUUCCAUUUGGCUUUGCCACAGAAUGGAGUCAAGGGAUUUAUAGCCAGAGAACUUACCAAAAACCGUCUACCUCAUUGGCUGGUCUUCAGCAAGAAAUCCGGAGUGUUUUGGGGUGUACCGCUCCAAGGGGAUGAAGGAAUCGUACAAAUGCUGAUCGCAAAGGUCGGUGAACCAAAAACAGUGGAGAAUAUCACUAUUCACGUGAUAAAUUCCGGUGCCAACACCGGAAAAUGCAAAGCCAACGAAGACGAGACAGUUUUGACAUUGCUGGUGGACAAAAACCUUCGAACUGUCAAACCGAAACAGAGGGUGGCUACCCUGAAUAACAUAGCUCAAUACCUCAGGAUACCAUAUACUGCCUUAACCUGGAGACCACAGUACGAGAAAGACGACAUCAGUGACAGCUCGGUAGUACUAGCCGGGCCAGGUAACGUGGUGACCAAGCUCUCCAAAACGCCAUCGUUGCUAGAAGUCCCCGUGGGCUGUGACGGUCGCUUAUGGGAAGCUUCAGCUGGCAUGGUGCAGUCGUUAAAGCAACAAGCUCGUGACGGUACCAUUGCCGAAGUACUCAGAUUCCCGCUAUUAGGAUGGAGAGUUAAGACCGAGCCUAGGGAACUCUUGAGGAAGAGAAGGCAAGCGGCUGUGGAAGAUUAUGGAAGUGGUGAUUACGAUGAAGAUUAUUACGGAGAAUACGACGACGAUUACGAUGAGGACAACCUGGGCGACUUAGAAACAAAUCCUCCGAUACCUAAAGUCCCGGUGACGCUUCCAGCUAGGCCUACAACUCCAUCAACAACUACCACUACUACCGGAGCACCAACCACUUCCACAUCUACCACUGUCCCAUCAUCCACACAUCCACAUCGACAUCACCAUGGCGAAGUCAAGCCCAGCGAAGAGUACAGUCCCAUAGUGCCUGCUGACGAUGAUGAAGAGGAAAAUUACUUAACCACCCCUAUAACGUCAGCGACUCCUGGUGGUACGCGACCGAAAUAUACCGACGACGUUUUGCCUCCCGCAAAAAUACCACUGAACGAAGACGAUUAUGAUUACGGGCCCGAGGAUGACGAGGAUGAUGAUGAUGGAGCGGUGGAAAGCGAAACAGUGGUGCCGGAUUUGAGGAAGAAGUCUACUACUGUGCCUGCUAGUGUUGAAGUGGAAAGUGCGCCAACGGAGCCGACUAAACCAAGUGCCAAACAAACUUUCGAAUUCGUUACCGAAACCGAGCCUUCAAGCACUACCAGCACAACUACAAGCACUACGACCACAACUACAUCAACUACAACAACAACAGAAGCUCCUACAACUUUCGAAAUCGUCGAAGACACCGAACCCCCUAUGUUUGUUACCGAUGUUACAAUACCUGCUAUCGUAACUACACUUAACCAAACUCAAGACACCACUGCUCCAACCAGCACUAUCACUGCAUCUUCCACUACAUCAACUACAACAACUUCCCCUUCCACAGCUUCUCAAGCGACUACUGUCGAAGAAGUUGUAACCAGUCAAGCCACAACACCUUCUGUUAUCGAUACAACCGUUCCUGAUACAACAGUAAAAUCAACAACAGUCAGACAAAUUUCUAGCACUACAACUGAGUCGUUCGUGACCGAGCAAGUUGAUCCUGUUAACAAGCAUGUGCCGAUUCCUCGAAAUUACAGGCCUUACAUAGAAAAGCGGCUUCAGUACAAGACGGUGAUGGCUGGAAAAGUGUUCAGGUUUGUUAUUCCCAAAGAUACUUUCAAGGAUGCGGAAGAUGGGUACAAUCUGACCCUGCAAGUGUUGGAAGAGCGUGAACAACCCUUGAGUGCCAAUUCUUGGUUACAGUUUAAUCCUCUGAGAAGAGAACUCUAUGGCCUACCUUUAGCUGAAGAUAUUCACACCUGGGAGUACACAGUAAGGGCUACCGACAGAGAAGGCGAAUACGAACAAGACCAGCUGACCAUCCAGGUACAACAGCACCCUCUAGAGAGAGUAUUCAAUCACGAGUUCUCUCUAGCGUUGCGCAUCGAAAAACCUCAAGAAUACCAGCACUACAUCGAUUGGUCGCUGAAAGUGCUGAGGGCUUUGGGAAAAAUCUAUAGCACCAAUAUGUCGGAGAUUACUGUAAGAAAAAUCGAUUUUGUUCGAGAACCUGUUGUGUUCACUUGGUCCAACGACUCGCUGUCUUCCAACUUCUGUCCAAGGACUGAAAUAGAAACGCUGUUUAAGAUGCUCACUGCAAACGACAGAGGCGACCCCUCCAGAGAACUGAGCGAGAUGCUCAAGUCCGAUUUAAGGGUAAAAUUAGUCUCCUACAGGAACCUGAGCACUUGUAUCGAACAACCACCACCGCCCCCUGUCACGGCCAUCAAUAACUUCUCCCCGGUAUUGAGGAACCCCGUGGACGUGGUCAACGCCACUUUAGGCGAACUGCUCAUCGUUAAAGUUAAAGACGAUACCUUCUACGAUCCAGAAGACGUAGACCCCUCCAUGUUGAACAUCACCCUCCAAACCGCCGAUUUCCAACCGAUUCCCGCCUCCAGCUGGUUACAGUUCGACAAUAAGAACCGAGAAUUUUUCGGGAUUCCCCGCAAAACUGGUGUGACGCAGUACUGGCUGAUGUGCGUCGACUCCGGCGGUAAGAGCGCCAAGGACAGCCUGGAAGUACACGUGCGACAGGCGGAGAAGAUCCACUACAACGUGGAAUUCAGCAUGACCUUGGAAGUACCGUUCGAGACGUUCUCGAGUAAUGCGGUGUUGCAGAAGAAAUUCGUUGAAAAACUUAUGGAAAUCUUCGAAGAACCGUCUCCAAAGAACCUUCACUUCCUACCCUUCAAACAGAAAAUCGAACGCAACACCAUAGAAUCCACCCUGGUCCACUGGUUCAACAAGUCCCUCCCCGUCGACAGAUGCCCGAUUGACGAGAUCAACCGCUUGGAGUACAUGUUACACAACAGCGAGUCCCGAAGCAUAUCCAGACGGGUCCACAGGAUCAUGGGUCCCGAUUUUACCAUAUCUACCAUCAAAGUGCACCAUAUAGGCAACUGUAAAGCCAAGCCUGUGGCGCCUACGCAGGAGGCUGGAGUGCCUACGGAGGAGACGGUGCCUCCGUCUGCGCAGAGCGACUAUUUGAUCACUUACAUCAUACCGGCUGUGAUAAUUUCCAUUAUGUUGUUUGUCGCAUCUGUGGCGGCGUGUGUUCUGUACAGGAAGAGGAGGAUGGGUAAAAUGAACGUGGAGGAGGACGGUAGGCAAACUUAUGGAAAUAAAGGCAUUCCUGUGAUAUUCCAAGAGGAACUGGAAGAAAAACCGGAACCGGGAACCAAGGCCCCCGUCAUCCUCAAGGACGAGCGUCCACCACUUGCACCGCCCGAGUACAGCAAGAGCGGAUCGGUCAAGCUGGAGGACUCGGAACCGUACCAGCCGCCGCCCCCCUUCACCCGCAGCUCACAGGACAACGGCAGGCAGCCCAGGCCCAAGCCCACCCCCACCUACAGGAAACCUCCCCCGUACGUGCCUCCCUAA